AUGACCAACAAAAAGGGGCAGCAGGAAAUGGUCCAGGUUGACAAUUCCGAGCGCGCCGAAUCCCCAUUCUGGGCUGGUCGGUCAGCAUCCCUGAACCAAGGACAGUCCAAGAUCUAUGGGCAGAACACAGUUGUCGGCGCUUCAUACUCCCACGCCAACAUCAUACAAGGCACGUCAGCCCACUCCCGCCCUAGAACGCCUCCUCGAUCGUCCUCGACGAAUGCGCCGUCCCCCCCAUCGUAUCUGUCCCAUCGGCCCGGAAAUGUGGUCGCUUCACCACCUCACAAGAGCUACACCGGAGUCAUGAAAGAAGGAAUGGACGAAUGGAGCCGAGACCCCACCGAGGGUGACGAAGAUGAUGAAGAUGAUGAAGAUGAGAUUGUAUAUGACGACGACGAAGAUGAAUUUGGGCUCCCAAGCCUUGCCAGCAUGAGACGGAAGAAGUCAGCCCCUUUGAAAGCUAAAAACAUGGACCCCGGUGGCACCAUGGGAAGUAAUACUUCCUCGCUGGGAUUCGGACUGGCCGCCAGCAAUAGACAAAGGGCGAAUAGCUCAGACAUCGCCGAGGAACGUGGCACACCUAUGUACCCGACCUCACGGAAGGGCGAAGGCAAAAUUCUACGUCCCCAAUACAAAGACAUCUUGCAAGAUCCUGCGAACGCUUUGAAUCUGAUCAACCACUCUGCACCCCCUACAAACGCUUCGGUGAAGGACCGAGAAAUCCAUUCAAGCCGCAUCACACGAAUCAACAAGUUCAAGCGUAUCCUGCAGGCAAGCACCGUUUCUUUGAGCGAAUUGCGAGACCUGGCGUGGUCUGGAGUCCCCGAAGAAGUUCGGCCAAUGACCUGGCAGCUACUCCUGGGCUACCUUCCAACGAAUAGCGAAAGGCGCAUCUUGACACUGGAAAGAAAACGCAAGGAGUACUUGGACGGAGUCCGGCAGGCUUUUGAACGAGGCAGUGGGGCCGCCGCCGCAGCGAACCCGCCUUCAUCAUCUUCAUCUACCACCGGUCGCGGUAGGGGGCUGGACGAGGCAAUCUGGCAUCAAAUCAGCAUCGAUGUUCCUCGCACGAGCCCUCAUAUCCCACUCUACGGCUAUGAAGCUACGCAGAGGUCUUUGGAGCGGAUCUUAUAUGUCUGGGCCAUUCGACACCCAGCGAGUGGCUAUGUCCAGGGUAUCAAUGAUCUGGUCACGCCGUUCUGGCAGGUGUUUCUGGGAGUUUACAUCACCGAUCUCAACGUGGAAGAAGGCAUGGAUCCUGGCCAGCUACCUCGAAGUGUUUUGGAUGCGGUGGAGGCUGAUACCUUUUGGUGUCUGACCAAGCUCCUCGACGGUAUACAAGAUAACUACAUCUACGCCCAACCGGGGAUUCAUCGCCAAGUGAGAGCACUGCGUGAUUUAACGAGACGCAUCGAUUCCACGCUCGCGAAGCAUCUGGAGCAAGAAGGGGUGGAAUUUAUGCAAUUCAGCUUCCGAUGGAUGAAUUGCUUGCUCAUGCGGGAAAUGAGCAUCAAGAAUACGAUACGAAUGUGGGAUACUUACAUGGCCGAGGAGCAGGGCUUCUCACGAUUUCACCUUUACGUCUGUGCGGCUUUUUUGGUUAAAUGGACGGAUCAAUUGGUGAAAAUGGAUUUCCAGGCAUGUGAAGUCAUGAUGUUUUUGCAGGCAUUGCCCACAAAGGGCUGGACCGAGAAAGAUAUCGAGCUCUUACUGAGCGAAGCAUUCAUCUGGCAAAGCCUAUUCCAAGACUCGAGUGCUCAUCUUAGACCGCAAGGCGAUGUGCCUCCUGAAAAUGGUAUCUUUUAUUGA